CGCGUAGCUAUUUUCAAAGUCAAACAAUGUGCUCGCAAACAGUGCGCUGCGUUCAUAGAAACACAGGCGAAUAGAACAGUAUUGAUGUUUUACUUGCAGUGCCGACAGGGCAGCAGGCCCGCGCGCUAUAACACUACGCUGUUGAGAGAGUCACGUGACUAUACUGUCUAUGUCCUCCCAGCAAUGGAGUACAGAUGUGUUAGGAGUUUCUAAACCCGGUUGUUUUCCUUGGACUCUUUGCGAGUUUGUUUUCUGGAGUGAAUUUAUACCCUGUGUUCCGUGUGAUGUAUUGAUGGAGCCCGGCUAUGGAAGAAUGGACAGAUACGGUAACAUCAGACGAAGAAGCAACAAACCGGUUGCGCUACAAAGCCCGCACGAUGAUCGGGGCGGCGGGCAGCCGGCACAUGUCCCAGCGGCGGCGAGCCUCGCUGGCCACAACAACGCUCCACCCGUCCUACCUAAGCCACUUAGAGCAGGUGGCAGAGGGGCGGGAGUCUGGCCGGAGGCCGGCCGCUCCACGACGCCGAGCUGUCGACACGUCAGACUACAGGACAUGUGCCAUCUUACAGACAAGAUUGAAAACGAUGAAACAUUACCCAGAAAUUUCCACGUUUUCAUCGGACGGCUGCGGGCGAGAUGACGCCGACUAUACCACCGGCGCUGACGGCUCGUUACGUCACGUCGCCCGAAAGGCCGCCAAUCUCAGUCUUCCCGGCGUCGGGCCAGCCAGCACUCGCUCUCUCUUCAUCUUCAGCGAAGAAAACUUCAUCCGCAAGUAUGCAAAGAUCAUCAUCGAAUGGGGAUAUCCUUUUUGCCAAAUUUCCCUUUUUUUCCAGGUGCAUAGUUUUAUACCUACAUAG